AUGCAACAGAACCAGCGUGUCCCACAGGGCGCCUCCUUCACGUCUAUUCCUGACGAUGUCAUAUACGGCAUAUACUCUGUACUGGCAGAGAUUGAUCCUCCUCUACCCUGCGGUAAACAGUCACAAAUCGCCCGCUUCAAACAGCAGCAGGCAUCUUUGGGCUGGAUCAAGCUCACGCACGUCAAUCUUCGUCUCCGGGUCGUCGCCCUUGAGAUGUCGAAGCUAUGGGCCCGUAUAGUCUGCACUUUUCCGGCUGGCUGCAAGACUAUACUCGAACGCGCAAGAGAUGCGCCUCUCACUCUGGAUCCGACAUUCGGCUCGAUUAUCGAGUACCUUAGGAUCCUGCCUGCAUAUGAGGUCCUACCUCGUGCUUUUCACAUUAAUGAUGCACACUACGGGCUGGACCUCAUUAAUCGACUGUGGUGGAAGAACACGACGUUGCAGUCGCUGAAGUCAUUGCGUCUCGACUACGCCGAUCCCACAAUUCGCUUUCAUAAAUUCGAGAGCAUAGCUACGCUCGGCUACAUAGUGGCCCCAAACAUGAUCACCUAUGAAGCUGCUUGGGGUUUUAUCCCAUUUCAAGCACCGUUGCUUCGCUCGCUCUCGAUUUCCGGCCGCUUUAUUGCCUGGAAGAUAUUGAUCGAUUCGCUUCGGUCCUGCCCUCUACUCACAGAGCUCAUCAUACUUGAUGUCCGAAACUCAUCUCUGGAUGAUCCUACAGGAGACGAUCGUGUUAUCCUCUCACAUCUUGAGACACUCACGAUAUGCUCGCCGUGGGAUUCGACCAUUAUCGUCCGUUUCCUUGGUUGGCUUGUGUUCCCGAGCUCGGCCGAUGUACAGUUCGGGAAAUGCUCUUCGACUAGCACUUUCCGGGACCUUUUGCAGUACCAUCGGUCGCCUCUCCGAAGCACGACACUUAGUAUCUCGGAAACAACCGAUGGUAUCCGCACCAUAGACGCGGGUGAUCGCAUCCUGGAGAUAUCGGUGUCCGAUCGUACAUAUCGAGAGUAUUCGGAGUAUCGCACGAGGCUUGCGGGCACAGUCGAGUACCGACAGAAAUACUUAUACGGAUCUGUCGACGAGUCGACCGAGAUCGCGAACCGUGAACGGCUAGCGCGCAUUCUCACUGAGUCCUUCACUCCCUCGACCGCCGCUGCCGUUCAGACACUGGCAUUUUACGGUGGCCCUCCUGCUCGUACGAGAAGUGAGGGCAUACAGCCUGUAGAGCCGCUUCUUAGUCCAGGUGUCCUCAAGGCUCUGCGCCGCCCUCUUCUCGACUUUCGAGGCAUCACGACAAUAUAUACCCCGGGACCAUCCGCUCGGCUGUAUGUCCUUCUUGAGGCCUCCUCCUCAACAUCACACACAGAGCCUCUGUUCCCCUCAUUGAAGACUAUCAUCUUGGACAUACGCAUACGGAUAGCGGUGUCCUCCUGGAACCGCUUCAUCGACAUCAUCGCAUAUCUCAAAGCGGAAGGACGUCCGCUUGACCGUCUAGUGGUCAUGGGCUCACACCUGUGUCACAUAUACACUGGCGAUACAAGAGUCGAUGUAGACUUAGAGCGCGCCAGGUCGAACGUCGGCGAGGUCCUCGACUUGCGCGAUGGAGGGUGCGCGUGCGAUACAGCGGAAGCUUGA